AUUGGCAGACCUGGCACGUUUACCAGGGACUUUAUAUCAGUUUGCAUUUUACAAUUCUGCUUGUUUAGGUCUUAGGACAAUCAGCCAUCAGUGGCCUGAAGAUAAGAAGUCUCCCCAGAAGUGUAUCUCUCUUGAUGGUGCAGCAGUACUUUUGAUGCUGGGCACAGGGAUUUAAAUCUGACGCAAGACCUUAACAGAUCAUAUGCAGUCUCAGCGUGUGGAGGUGGUGGACCAUCCAAAUGGCUCCCGGAUUGUCUUCUCUGGGGAUGAAGCCUCUUCCGGUCAGCAGCAGUUCCUGACAUCUCCAGAGCUGAUUCAAGAGGUGAUCAUCUCCCCUGGUCUCCCGACGCCUCCGCUGAGCCCUUAUCGCUCUGCAAGACUGCCAUCUGGAGAGUUGCAGGUCUCAGAGAUGAAUGGAAGUGGCCCAACCACUCUUAGCUUCGGAUCAUAUUAUGGCCCCGCGCAGUCACAUGGUGGGCUGGCCAAUGGCGUGCAGGGCAUGGGCUCUGCAACUUUGCCGCGCAGGUCGGCUCCCACCAGGGAGGAGAGGUUCAUCAAGUUCUCAGGGAUCGGGCCAGUAGAUGAGACUGGGAUGCCCAUCGCCUCCAGAUCAAGUGUGAACAAGCCCAGAGACUGGUACAAGAGCAUGUUCAGACAGAUUCACAAAAAGCCAGAAGAACCCGAGCUGGAGGCUGCAGAGCGGUGGGCAGCUGAACGGAUCCAGACAUCUGCUAAUACAGAGGACGAGAACGAAGCGGACAAGAAUCUCUUCAGACUCACACCGUACGGAGCCCUGCCAGACUGGAGUGAGGAUGUAGAUAAGCUGUCAGACCCAGGAAAGCAGCAGCCUCAGCCGAAGAGCAUAUUUGACUUUGAGCCUGGUCAGAGCACCGCCACCUCAGAAAACCACAGCCAGGGUUAUCGCUCUGUGAACAAACAACCUGAAAAACCCCGUUCCCCUUCAAUAGAGGCCAGCCUGGUCUCUGAGCUGAGUCGGUUUGAGGCUGAGCUAGACUCGGAGAUCCAGGGCCUGGAGAGGAGCCUUUCCCAGAAGGAGCAGCGGCGUCGAGGCCGGGGUGAGGAGGCCAGAGGCAGGGAUCCAGGACCUGCUGCAAGGACUGGGACUACCAACUACAGCUCUUUGCCGGCGUCAAAGCAGCCUGUCCACCGUUCUGUUGGCCCAUCAUCAGCCUCUGCUCCCACAUAUGAACGCCUCUCCCCUGCAUACGACGCCAUGGAUCUCCCACCUAAGAGAGAGGAGAAGAAGAUGAAAGCAGCGAGAGCCAAGUUCAAUUUCCAGGCUCAGUCACCAAAGGAGCUGCCACUGCAGAAAGGAGACAUUGUUUACAUCCACAGGCAGGUAGACGCCAACUGGUUUGAGGGAGAGCAUCAUGGGAGAGCUGGGAUUUUCCCCACUGCCUAUGUGGAGAUCCUUCCUCCUACCGAGAAGCCGACGCCUAUAAAGUCUCCUACUCUGCAGGUGUUGGACUACGGGGAAGCAGUGGCUCUGUACAACUUUAACGCGGACCUACCUGUGGAACUAUCUUUUCGUAAAGGUGAGGUGAUCAGUGUGACCAGGCGUGUGGAUGACAGGUGGCUGGAGGGGAGGAUCUCAGGGACCAGCCGCAGCGGCAUCUUCCCCGCCAACUAUGUCCAGGUCAACAAGAUGCCCCGCACCAAGUACUCCACGGACGACUUCACGAUGGGCCCCAUGUCUCCCGUCUCACCUGGACCCCAGAGUCCGGGCCGCCCGCUGCACUCGCCCUGCCCGCGAUCACCAGUCUCCCCUUUCACCCCCACGUCCCUCAGCCCAGAGCCCGAGCACUCCCCGCUGAAGCCGUCCUCACCUGUACCUCAUGGCAGCACAGCCUCACAGUCACGCCCCUUCACCCCGAAAACCAAAGAAACAACUUGGCCCCACAACACCUCCAAACCCACUUCACCCACCAACCAGAACAGUCACUGGGGCGGAUCAGCUAACCAGAACCCCAUAGCCAGAGCCGUUUCACCAUCCACGCAGUCGCCGCCAGCAUCCACACACAGAGCAGGAGCAGCCACAGCGAGCACCCCAAGAUACACUGACCCCUCGCAGGGUGGAAUAACAAAACAGGCGGCCCCAACUAAUCCACAUGACAACUCCUUCCCGCAAAUGCAAGUGCCAACCAACCCCGGCUCCUCAGUGGUGCAACGCCAACCAUAUAAAGCUGUUUACAACUACAAACCACAGAAUACAGAUGAAUUGGAACUGAGGGAAGGAGACAUUGUACAAGUGAUGGAGAAAUGUGAUGACGGCUGGUUUGUAGGUACGUCAGAACGGACUCGCGCCUUUGGGACUUUCCCAGGGAAUUAUGUGGCUCCGGUUUAACUUCCUCACUUCCUGCUUGCCCACAGCCACCUGGACUGAUGACUCUUUAGACCAGCUUGCUUCAUUAAACAGCCCAGCCAGUCACUCCAGCCACAUGACUGCGUCCUGCUCUGACACCCCAGCACUUCUUUUAUCCACCACCCAGCACUCCCAAACCUGGUUUAGUCAGGCCUGCAUGUCCAACACAGCUGCUCCGCUCCGUUUCCCAGAACAGAGGCAAAGGCAGGAACAUUGCGUGGUUUCUCACCUCACCUCUUUGCAUGUGUGUGUGUGUGUGUGUGUGUGAGUGAGUGUGUAUGUGUGUGUGUGUGUGUGUGGUCCACAGAGACUUUCGAAUGUUUUCACACACGCCACUUGAGAGGGAAGAAUGAAUGCUGAUGAUACUGUUUCAGAUGCAAAGAAAAGACUUUUUUAUCCCACAACUAUUCACAGCUGCAGGGAGUUUUACAUUCCAGCCCACAGAACAACACUGUUCCUCCUGAGGUCCUGUAAUACAGGGCGAUGCUGCGUUCAGCUUUCUGUCACCUAAGUGCCAUCACAAAUCACAGAUGGACAUGGAGUGCCACAUUCUGAUGACAUAUGAUCUUGUGAUGAACGUCACUCUAAAAUGAUGUCCCCAAACUUUAUUUCAGAUCUUUGAAAAUUCCCCGGAUGAGUUUGCGUCAACGCCAGCAUGACCAUCUGUAGACAACGUUGUGCUUUAAAUAGAGCAAAGAUGGCUCAGUCUUGUCUAUUAGGUUUACAGUCUUCCAUAAGGCUAUGCAGCGGAACAAAUAUAAUUGAUGCAUUUGUUGCUGUCUUGUUGCUUUUUGGUGAAAUGUUUGCAGAGGUGUCUUGAUCAGUGGAACAGUGAAGGUGAACGCAAAGGACUACAGAAAGAAAAUGAGCUUUAAUAAGAUUUACUGUCCUCUGUGACUGAGUUUCAAACGUUGGUAAGAGCAGGGGCUGUACAGGAUCAACUGUGUGUGCAUCCUAAUUGAAUCUAAAUGAAUCCUCCACAGCAAAAUGUCAAAUUUUAUGUGAAAAACGUUAUGUGAAGUAUUCCUGUAUGUGCCAAUUCUAACAUGACGUGAAAUGCUCUGCUAAGACACUCCAAUGGACAUUCCCAGCUUAUUAUAUUUCUACUGCAAGUUAUGAUUGCUACUGCUUUUUUUUCUCUCUGCUUGGCAGUCUCACUCUGAUAACAGUGUUGUUUGCGCCAGUGUAACCAUCGACAAGUGUGGCAUUUGUAAGCCCGAUUAGAAAUCCCUAUCAUGAAGUCUGUCGCAGUUCCAUUUGAUAUAUCCUUCCUUUCACUGUAAAAAUGAAUCAUAAUGUACUAGACACAACAGAUGAUUGUACAGACUGUAAUCAAAUGAAAAGUAUAAUAUAUUUUGCUUAUAUAAACAAUGUAUCUCAACAAAUGGUACGCAAACUUUUUUUAAAAUAAUACAAUGAAAAAAGUACAGUGAUAUUAAAACUAGCUUUCAUUUGA